ACAAAUACAACAACAAAAAUGGCCAAUCUAACCGAGUCUACUAAUAUUGAUCCAUUUAUGGAACGUAGACGACGUGAUCAAGCUGAAGCUCGUAAACGUCUUUCUGAAGAAGAAAGACGUAAAGCCGAAGAAAAGGAACGUAAAAAAGCUGAAGUACGUGCACGUCUUGAAGAGGCGGCACGUGCAAAAAAAGGAAAAAAAGGUUUUAUGACACCGGAACGUAAACGUAAAUUACGUACAUUAUUACGUAAAAAUGCUGCCGAAGCUGUCAAACGUGAACAGGAAAGACGUGCAGCUGAACGUCGUGAAAUGUUAUCGAAACGUUGUGGUCAGCCAAAAAAUUUGGAUGGCAUGAAUGCAGAUGCAAUGAAAAAAGUUUGUCAAGAAUAUCAUGAUCGUAUUUCAAAAUUGGAAUAUAACAAAUAUGAUCUUGAAUAUGAUGUAAGACAAAAAGAUUAUCUAAUCAAUGAAUUACAGGUACAAGUAAGCGAUAUGCGUGGUAAAUUCCUUAAACCAGCAUUGAAAAAGGUUUCUAAAUAUGAUGCCAAACUGGAAAAAAUGGCCAAAGUUGCCGCUAAAGCUGAUCAAGAUUUCCGACAGAAUUUGAAACGUGUACAAUCCACUAAAUUUACCGUUGAUGAUGAUAAAGAUACAAAAGAUCAACCAGAUUGGGCCAAAAAAGGUGGACAUAAAUUGGAAGUAGAAGAAGCUGAAGCCGAUGAAUGAAUGAAUGAAAUGAAAUGAAAACGAAUGGCAAAACGAAAAAAAAAAUACACACCAUCAUUAUCAUCAUUUAUAAAACGUGAAUGAAACGCCCACACACGCAUGCGCUGUAUGUGUGUGUGGGAGGGGGUGAUUGUUGAAAAAAAUUUAAAUUAUAAAUUUUAUUUUACAAUCAAUCAAUCAA